AAUGAAGAACGACGUUCGCGGCUGUGACAAGCACACAACGUUCGUGACAAGUCGCGUACUAGACGCGCAGAUCCUUGGUCUCAGCCCCGCCUCAGAGUCCAGACGCGCCACAGCCACGUAUACGAAUAUUACAGCUUAUUCGGGUUCGUGCCUUGGGUUAUCUUUAGAGUCUCGCGGCACUGUGUCAUGCGCUAGAUUCCACAUCGCAAAUACCACAGCACUGAGCAGCCCGGAUACUAUAAUCUGCAGCUUACACUAGGAAGAAACGUUGAGUCGCACUGGUUGAAAAUUUCUAUUCGGUGCACAGUGCCACUGUAAUGACGCUCUGUUACACGACGACGAAGGUCGUCAUCCAACAUCCUCGAGAGAAAGGCGUGCAUCUAACUGGGAUCUUGGAGCAUUUGGUAACGCCGCCGUCGCCUGAUCGUAAUCUCGAAACUGGACGGGAACGCAAAUUGGCUUUGAUUGUUCAUGGUGUCCUAGGGCAUAAGGAUUAUUUGUACCAGAAACGCCUUGCACGACGCUUGCCGUUUCACUCAUUUCGCUUUGACUUUCGUGGGAAUCACGAAUCCAGUGGAGAGUCAGGUUCCAUUUGGACCGACGUUGCAGACCUACAGCUUGUUUAUGACUAUGUGACAAGGAAACUUGGAUACGCGAUCGAUCUUAUUGUUGCACAUUCGCGAGGGGCGAUUACUUCCUUCAUUUGGAUGUGCACUUCAGCGGAUGCCGUCAACGUUGGUGGAUUUAUUAACGUGUCCGGCCGAUGUCGAAUGAAGAAGCUCUACGAUAUCAUGGAUGACGAGCAGAGGGCCAUGCUAGCCAAUCAAGGCUUUUAUUACAUGAAUGGCAUCGUUGCAGGGAAGGAAACGUGGCGACGGUUCCAGUGGGGUGUCAAUGUCCAGCCUUACUCCGGUAGCACUGCUAACUUCGCUGCCCUCACUGCGCUCCUCCAUCCUCAGGACCGUCUCAUGGGUCUCGGUCUACCUGACGGUGGCCACUUGGUUCACGGUUACUACACUGCCAAAAAGAAGAUGACUGCAUCUUCAAUCUACUUCCAAUCCCUCCCUUACGGCAUUGACCCCGCGACCCAGCUCAUUGACCACAAUGGCAUCAAGUCGUCGGCUAAGAUCUACAAACCCCGUCUCAUCAUCUGUGACAUCGCUCACAUCGGUGGUCUCGUUGCUGCUGGUGAACAGGCAAAUCCCUUCGAAUAUUGCGAUGUUGUCACCACCACUAGUCACGAGACCCUUCGUGGUCCUCGUGCCGGUUUGAUCUUCUUCAAGAAGACUGGUGAGAAGGCCAAAGACCUCGAGAAGCGUGUCAACGAUGCUGUCUUCCCCGCCUGCCGGGGUGGUCCCCACAACAACGCCAUUGCUGGUAUCGCCACUGCUCUUCUCCAGGCAAGCCAGCCAACAUGGAAAGCAUAUGCCAAGCAAGUCAUUGCCAACGCGAAGACCCUCGGUGAAGAGCUCGUGGCUACAAGCUCCAGACGCAGGGUACUGACAACCAUCUUGUCCUCUGGGAUCUCCGGCCCCUCGGUUUCACCGGUAGCAAACUCGAGAAGCUUUGCGACCUUGUUGGCAUCACAAUCAACAAAAACGCUGUUUCUGGUGACGCUUUCGCUCAAGUCCCCGGUGGUAUCCGUCUCGAUUGUCGCUGACUUCCUCCACCGUGCCGUUCAAUUUGCCCUUGUUCUGCAAAAGGAAGCGGGCAGUAAGCUACUUAAGGACUUCGUCCGUGUUGCUACUGUUGAACAGGAGGGCAAGGAGGGCGCUCAAAUGGUCAAGCAGCUCGGUCGUGAGGUCCGUGAGUUCGCUCGAAGAUGGCCGCUUCCUGGCGUCGAUGUCUCGACGUUGCAGAGGCCUGCUGGUAUUGAGGAGGACGAGUAAGCGUUGCGCGUGUCGUCCAUCUAUGCCAGAUGUCGUAGGCGUGUGGUUCACUCAUUCUGAUGUCUUCUUGCUUUCGUUUUGGUGGUCUUGGAGGGAUACACCCUUUUUUUUUGUUCUGGUGGAGUAGAGUGACUCAACGUCAUAGGUUCAACCGUUCAACUGUGCUCUUCGUAGAUGUAAAAUUAGUCGGACAUUCAACAUAGUCUGGCCCUACCCUGGAUGUUCAACAGCCAUCUAGAGCCGUAUCAUAGUCUGUAUUCAUAGCUAGCCCAUAUACUCACGGU